AUGGCAAGCUUCUUGGGUGACCCUGAGAUGAUUAGAAAGUUCAGGGAGAGAUUGUCAUUGGAGGAUGAUGGUAUAUUUGUAGAUGAUGACGAUGAUCCAACAGUCAAUCCAAAGGAAUAUGAACAUUACAAGAGUGAAUUGGCAGCUGGAAGAAUAGAUGCAGAUGGUAACUCAACAAGUGCCACUGCCAACAACAAUAGUAAUAGCGAGGAGGAGGAGUUUGAAAGACAGGCACAGGAAGCAUUGCGAAUCCAGGAGGAGAGGAAGAGACAGAUGGAGGCGGAGAUGCAGGCCGAGUUUGAUCGAUUGGAACGUGAGGCAAAGAAUCAGCCAGAGGAGGACGACGACCAGGAGGAGCGAAGGAGAGAGGUCGAGGAAAAGGCGCGUCAGCGUCGCGAGGCUAUUGCCAACCGAGGAAAGAAGCCUUCUGCCAACGCCGCCAGCGCCGCAAAGAGUGAUGAGGAUAAGAAGUUGUUGGAGAAACAGAAGAAACGCGAUGAGGAGCGUGAGCUGAUGAAACAGAAGAUCACUGCCGCCGCCGCCACAACGAAUGAUCAUCCCGAGCAGCAACAGCAGCAGUCCAAUCAUUCGUCUGGUGCAAAGCAAGCGCAACAGGGAGACGACCAGACCACACACAACGCCACACAGGAGCAGGAAGAGACAUCCAAGCCAAUCGACGACGAUGCAGAGUUUGAGCGCGCUGCCCAGGAGGCCAAGCGCAUCCAGCUUGAGCGCGAGAGGAAGAUGAAGGAGGAGAUGGACAGAGAAUUCGCCAGACUCGAGUCUGAGGGCGUGGCUGUCGUCGAUGAGGAGGAAGAGGCCCGCAAGAAACAGGAGGAGGCACGUCGACGAGUACAACAGCGACAACAAAAGAUGAUGGCUGGUGCCAAGAAAAAGACGCCAGAGGAGGAGGAGAAGGAGCGCCAGCGUCUCGAGAAGCAGAAGGAGCGCGACCAAGAGCGUGAGACCAUGAAGAAGCAGAUGAGCCAGAAGAAGCAAGAGGACACCGUCGUCAGCGAAUCAUUACCUGAGAUCAGUUCACACGAAGUUGUGCUCCCGCCAGUGAUCACUGCCCCAGCCCCCGCCCCAGUCCCAGCUCCAGCCCCAGCUCCAGCACCAGCCCAAGAGGAAUCAAAACCCAUUGAGAAUGAUGACGAGUUUGAAAAGGCAGCCAGAGAGGCUGAGCGAUUGUUGCAGGAGAAACAGAGGAAGAUGCAGGAGGAGUUGGAUGCAGAGUACGCACGUCUGGAAGCCGAGGGUGUUGGCAUGGUCGACGAAGAGGAAGAGCGCAGGAAGCAGGAAGAGACUCGCAGGCGAGUACAACAGCGACAACAAAAGAUGAUGGCUGGUGCCAAGAAAAAGACACCAGAGGAGGAGGAGAAGGAGCGUCUGCGUCUCGAGAAACAAAAGGAGAUGGAUCAGCAGCGCGAGUUGAUGAAGCAACAGAUGAAGCAACAGAAACAACAGGCCUCCCAUCAUGAUGGCGACGAUGCACCCAAGCAAGAGGCGCCCAAGCAACCUGCACCUACGCCAACACCCGCCGCUCCAACCCCAGAGCCAGCACCCGUUGCGGCAGCGCCAGCACCACACGUAGAUGAUGACCAAGAGUAUGAACGAGCAGCGGCAGAGGCUUUGAGACAGCAACAGGAGAAACAGAGAAAGAUGGAGGAGGAGCUGGCCAAGGAGUUCGCAAGAUUGGACGCAGAGGGAGGAGCACCGGUUGAGGAUGAGGAGGAGACCAAACGCAAGCAGGAGGAGUCAAGGAGACGCGUACAGGAGCGACAGAGGAAGAUGGCAGCUGGCGCCAAGAAGGCGACGACGCCAGAGGAUGAGGAGAAGGAGCGACUGCGAUUGGAGAAGGAAAAGGAGCGUGACCAACAACGCGAGUUGAUGAAGCAGCAGAUGAACAAGAAAAAGGUGGAGGUCGAACCAGCGGUGGUGCCAGCGGCGGACGACGAGCAGGCAAGGGAGGCCGCCGAGGCCAAGAGACAGGCAGACAGGCAGCGAGCACUUGAGGAGCAGAUGCAGAAGGAGUUUGAACGAUUGGAGCUAGAGCAGAAGAAUGCAGGCGUCACGACGUCCAGCUAUCAGGAUGAGGAGGCAGAGCUGGAGCUGGAAAUGAAGAGAAAAGAGGAGGAGGCAAAGAAGCGAGUUCAGCAGCGCAAGGCGGCAGCGGCAGCGGCCACAUCAAAGAAGACGCAAGAGGAUGAGGAGAAGGAGCAACAGCGUCUGGCCAAGCAGAAGGAGCGUGACCAACAGCGCGAGCUGAUGAAGGGGCAGUUGAAGAAGAUGGGCACACAUGACACAAUGGGAGCCGACGAAGACUUCCCCUCUACCAGUCCUCCUUUGAAUGGCGUCCGUGGAGCUCAACAACCUGCACCAACCACGACAACGACCAGUACCACGACGACCACAUCAUCACAUUUACAACAAAUGUUGCCAUCUCAACAGCCUCAAUAUCAGCAACAACAACAGCAACAACAGCAGCAGCAGUAUUAUCAACAACAGAAUGCGCCAUCGACACCUGGUCACAUGCCAAUGUACUACCAAUCACCUCAUCAAUCGCCCUAUCACAACCAACACCAGCAGCCACAACCAGGGCAGCAUCAAUACUACAUCCCACAGCCAAACUUCUACCAGCCCAAUGCCAUGUACACCCAAGAGGAUGUUGACCGCAUCGUCGAGGCAACAAGGAAGGAGAUACUUAAGCAGGCAUCAGACGAGAGUGCUAUACUUGCCAUUGAGCUGGAGGACAUGCAGAUCAAACACGACAAGGAGGUUAGGAACUGCGCACUGAUGAAGACGGUGUUGGUGCAGUAUCAGGCAACUAUGCAGAGCAUGAUUGAUCAGCCCGCACCAGUGCCCCAGAACAAUGCCAAGCUGACAGAGACACUGAUGGAGAAUGACAAUCUGAGGAAGGAGCUCAAGGAGAGCAAGGAGAACGUGGCGCGACUGAGCAAGGAUCUCGAUCUUCAAAACUCGCGAUUCAACGCACUCAAGGCACAUGCCGAGCAGAAGCUAAACAGCGCGUCCGAUCAGCUCAUGCGACUUAAAGACAUGGCUGCCAAGGAGGUGGCGGUGCUCAACGCCAAACUGAACAAGACAGAGGUUCGACUCAAUGUCAAGGAGAAGGAGAACGAGGAGUUGGGCAGGCUAUGCGACGACCUCAUCGUCAAGUUGCAACGACAGUCCGACUAG